AUGACUCCCACACCACCAUCCACGACGCCCUCCUCGGGAUCAGGUCGGUCACCCGAGGAGCAGUUCCGAGUCCGUGAGGGUGGUGACGCGUCCUCAUGUUCAUACGCAACUCCUGCUACUCGUAAAAAGAACCAAAGUCAAGGCUCUUCGAGCCCCGAUGACAUGCAGAACCGUAUUGACCGUUUAGAAGGCCUAGUCUUGUCUUUGAUGCACGGAGGUGCUACUAUUGACCCUUCUACCGCAGCAGCAGCGGCCGCCGUGACAGGCGCCUCCAACCAAAUAAGGGCAAGUCAUGUAUAUUGCCAGGAGCACUGGCACACGAUAUUGGCGGACAUAUCCGAAGUCAAGACAUAUUUUGCGAAUCACAAGAAGGAUUUGGAAAAGAGCUAUGAAAAGGUCAUGAUGUCGAAACCGGCCAGCGCCAGAGAAGGACCUACGUUUUUGCUUGGAGCCGCGCCAGCUACCGAGAUCGAAUUGCGAGCAGAAUUACCACCCAAAUCGGCCGUCCUUGCGCUCUGUUCCAGAUACUUCAACUCGAUGGACAAUGCGGUUAACAUCAUCCACGCGCCGACUUUCCAGCAACAACUUCGAGCCCACUGGCAAGACCCGUCAAAAACGCCCAUCAUGUGGCUUGGGUUGCUCUAUUCGAUCUUGUGUCUCGCCAUGCUGAGCUACCACAAGGUAGGGGACGAACCGCCGGAAUGGAAGGGGCGGACGCUGGAUUUGGCUUCUGAGUAUCGACUACGCACCGUCCAGUGCCUGAUUGCGGCUGAUUACACCAAGCCGGUGGAAUACACCGUGGAGACGAUGCUUCUCUAUGUGUUUGGAGAAUACUCUUCGAGAUGGGAUGCUGAUCUGGGGCUGUGGCUGAUUGUGUCCUUACUCACAAGAGUUGCCUUCAGGAUGGGGUACCACCGCGACGCAAAGUGGUUCCCGACGAUUACACCGUUUCAAGCAGAAAUGAGGCGGCGUACGUGGGCACUGGUGAGGAUGGCCGACGUGGUGUUCUCGCACCAAGUUUCGCUGCCAUCCAUGAUCUACGGUCAUGAUUGUGACACUCAGUUGCCGAAUAACAUCUUUGACGAGGAAUUUGGUCCCAACACCAAAGUCUUGCCUCCUUCACGGCCGAAGACGGAGCCCACUCCGAUUGCGUACAUGAUUGCCAAAUCCAAGCUAUGCAACGAGAUGGGCGACAUCUUGCAGGCCACCAAUCGUGUGGGCAGGCAACUACCGUACGACGAAAUUCUGCGGUUCGAUGCCCGGCUUCGAGAGAUCAACGACGAGAUUCCGCCUCAUCUCAAGGUUGCAGCCUUGGAAGGUUCGCACGACCCAGUCACUUUGAUCAUCGCGAGGUUCAAUAUCAACGUGCUCUACCUCAAGAUCCUCUGUCUAUUGCACAAGAAGUACGUGCCGCGAGCUCGUACAAACCCGCGAUAUGCGUACUCGCGCAGAAGUGCAGUAGAAGCGGCUCUAGAGACGUUGCGGCAUUUGGUUACUCUCGACAGAGAAUCACAGCCUAGUGGCAGACUUCGAUCUUUGAGGUGGUUCGUGAAUUCGAUAGCAACCAAGGACUUCCUUCUGCCUGCCAUGCUGGUUGCACUUGACCUCCACCACGACCGGGUUGCGGAAACGAGCGAUGACCGCAGGGCGUCAGAGUCGGCCAUGUUCUGGACCCCAGAGCAGCGAAUGGAGAUGCUUAGCAACUUGGAGCGGACCAAGGAGAUCUGGCAAGGGCUUGCGGACGGGUCGAUGGAGGCUUUCAAGGCAUCCAAGAUCUUCAAGAACGAAAGCUUCCCGGGUUUUGAGACAAACCCGGAAAUGCAGUCGGACCACAAUGCGGCAAUGACUCUGGGUAUGCUCUCUGGUGGCAUGACGCCAAACACGGCAGCCGCGCUUGAAAGCAGUAUGCAGAGUACGAACUCGUUUAGCGGCAUGGACUUUGGAGUGUCGUUACCCAUGACGGGCCCGGGCAUGACGCCAAACUUCCAGGGUGACAUUGGCAUGAACAACGCGGGGUCUCCGUUCUCGAUGUUUACAAACUUCGAGUCUGGCGGAGAUUUCCCCGCCAACUUCGACUGGAACGCAUUUGAGACGUACACGCAGAACGCGAACUGGGCAGCUGAUACAGGGUUUGGGCAGAUCUAUCCAGGUCAAUCCUCGCCAGAAACAGACAGCAACGGGAUGCCGUUUGGCAACGCCAACGGCGGCAUGGCAGGCUGAGGAUGCGUUAAAGGCCCGAAGCGCGGGGAGAGCAGUGCAAGGGAUGAGGGAGGUAAUGUGACGAUGAGAUCAAUGACAGAAUCAGGAAGGCCUGAGCGAUUGGUUCGUUCAGGUGGACAAAAUGGGGAACUAGGCAUACUCACCUCCGCGUUAGGCUCGGCAUGGUAGGAUAGAAAGAUGAAUCCAGAUCUUUAGGACAUUUGGAAAAUACAAUACCCUG